UGUCAUAAGACACAUAACCCUGUUUUACUUCGAUUUAGAGAUAGUGGUUUUAGUUUAGCUUUAUUUAAACUUGGUGAGAUGGACGAUAAUGUUCAUACAAUUGAGCAAUUUUAUGGAGUCUACCUGCUGUACUGCCUCAACCCGAAAUACAAAGGCCGCACCUACAUCGGCUACACAGUGGACCCAAAUCGACGAAUUAAACAGCACAACAAAGGCAAAAAGGCGGGCGGCGCGUGGAGAACAAGCAAAAGGGGCCCUUGGACGAUGGUGUUAAUCGUGCACGGCUUUCCCAACGACAUCACAGCACUACGGUUCGAGUGGGCCUGGCAACAUCCGAAUCGUUCUCGACGUCUCAGUCAUCUGCCGAGGAAGAAGGCGCGCGAGACAGUCUACGAUUACGCCCUCCGCGUGCUCGCCGAAAUGUUUCGUGUGGGUCCGUGGCUACGGCUGCCGCUAACGAUACGCUGGCUAAAUCAGGAGUUUGCACGUGACUUUCCGAGUGACAAAUUGCCGCCGUUUCACAUGCCCGUGUGCUACGGACCCGUGGUCAGCAAGAAAUUGAAGUGUGGCUCGGGCGAUCACGGCCCAAAUCAAAGCUCAACUUGUGUUGUGUGCUCGGGCGACAUCGACGAGAAGCCGUUAGUGUGUCUUAGCCCCGAUUGUGAUUUAGUAAGCCACAUUGUGUGUCUGUCCAAGUCGUUCCUCGAGCCGGGCGAGUACGUGCCAAUCGAAGGACGGUGCCCGAGAUGUAACGAGUCGUACUUGUGGGGCGAUUUAAUUCGAAAAUACAGAGGUUGUUACGGCAACACAAAUAUAGUUAUAAGUAAAGAUAUAACCGACGAUAUUGCUAUGUCUGAUUCCGAUUAACAAUAAUUUAAAUAAAUAGAAUCUUUGGUA